AUGAAGCCAACUAUCCUCGUUUUCGCCAGUUUCUGCUUGCUGGCUCAGGCAGUUACCGAACAGACUAGGAAAGUUGCCGACGACACUUUCCUCACCAGACAGAAGAACAUCUAUGAACUCUUCUGGCAUGUCGAUCAGCCGACCGUUUUCCAUUCAGAUCUCUACCAGAAGGCACGCACCUUCAGCAUCGAUGACAAUGUCAACAACUACAAUGACCAGGAAGCGGUGUCCGAGUUCGUGCAACUGUUGAAACAUGGAAUGCUUCCACGUGGCAAUGUAUUCACGGUCAUGAACCCUGACAUGGAACACCAGGCCAUGGUCCUCUUCCGUGUUCUGUUCAGCGCCAAGACCUUCAAUGUGUUCUACGACACCGCUGUCUGGGCUAGAUUCUAUCUGAACGAACAAAUGUACUUGUACGCGUUGAGCGUGGCUGUUAUCCAACGUCCAGACACUAAAUUCAUGAAGCUGCCGCCAUUGUACGAGGUGCUACCACACUUGUACUUCAACGAGGAUGUCAUGCAAAAGGCUUACCACAUCGCUAUGGGUAACACAGCAAUUGGCACAAAGAAGACUAUGAGCGGAGUUGACUAUUACACGCUCCCAAGUAACUAUUCCGGAUGGUACUUGACCAGGAAAGAUGUACCUGAGCAAAGAUUAAAUUAUUUCACCGAAGACGUUGGACUGAGCUAUUUCUACUUCUUGAUCAAUCAUGACUUCCCAACUUUCAUGACAGCUAACACGGUUCAUACUCCUCAAAUCCGUGGUGAAUACUACUUCUUCAUCCAUAAGCAGCUGUUGACCAGAUACUACCUUGAGAGACUUAGCAAUGGCCUGGGUGAGGUUGAUCGCGUGAACCUAAACAGCCCCGUAGUGACUGGAUAUUAUCCCACCAUGCACUUCCAUAACGGACUUUCGUUCCCUCAGAGAGUAACCGGUACUACUGUGCCACUGCAUAUGCAAAAACAUGUCCAAAUGAUCAAGGAUUUACACAGUAGAAUCUUAUCCGCCAUCGACGUUGGAUACUUCUUAGACACACAUGGCAAUCGUAUUAAAGUCUACACUAACGACGGUUUGAACAUGCUUGGUAACCUCGUCCAAGGUAACGCUGACAGCCUGAACCGACAACUAUACGGAAGAUUGGACUGGCUCGUAAGGAAAGUCUGUGGAUUUGGCUAUGAAUCAAACGUCAGAUACCAAGUCGUUCCAUCUGCUCUCGAGUACUAUAGUACCAGCUUGAGGGACCCUAUAUUCUACAGCAUGUACCAAAAUAUCCUUGAUUACUACCACAGAUACAAGGAAAAUGUCCCAAGAUACACAACAGAAGACUUAAGCUUUACUGGUGUGACCAUCGAAACCGUGAACGUAGAUGAACUCGUCACUUUCUUCGACCACUUCGAAUCCAUGCUGAACAACGGAUUAUCCAUUCGCAGCCACAGAGAAGCUAAGAAUCUCCUUAUCAGGACUCGUCAAUACCGUUUGAACCAUAAGCGAUUCACCUAUCACAUCACCGUGAACAGUAACAGAAACACCAAGGGAAUGGUCCGUAUCUUCCUGGGACCGAAAUACGAUGAAUUUGGACACGAACUUGACCUCGUGCAUAACUACAAGAACUUCUUGCAAAUGGACGAAUUUAUAGUUGACUUGGUAACUGGAAGCAACGAAAUCGAAAGGAACAGCCACGAGUCCGUCUUCGUCGUUCCUGACGAAAUUAGCAGCGACGUGUUCUACAAGAAGAUUUUGAGCAGCAUAAAGAAUCCACACAGCUUCACGUACUCUACGAAGCCUUAUGGCUUCCCUGAAAGGCUUCUGCUGCCAAGAGGUACGAAAGAGGGUAUGGUCUACAAUCUGUUCGUUACUAUCUCGCCAGUCACUGAAACGAACACCGUCCAAAUCGACUCUCCCGUGUGGGGUCAACUGGUCAACGACGGGCGAGCCAUGGGCUUCCCUCUGGACAGGCCUAUCAAUCCUUUGCUCGUUAAUACCCUGUCCAACAUGUACAUGAAGAAUGUCUUUAUUCAUCACAGGAACGCAGAAGAGCUGAACACUUAUUCACUACCUUCAUACGACUCGGUCACGAACGAGACAAGUUCUACUUAA